AGGCGCAUAUUCUUUUACUAGUGUCCGCCAUAUUGUGUCAGUGAGGGGUAGAAUGUGUCAAAAGUCAGUCCCAUAAAGUUCCCGUGUUCAAAUUCGCGAUCCAGCUACAGACGUUGUCAUGUUCUUGAGGUGAUAAAAUGGCCUGCCUAAACAGUCUCAAGCAAGAUAUCCGGGCAUUGGAAGCAUCGUUCCCGAAGAACCACGAACGAUUCCAAGUGGUAGCUGCGUCAGUGGAUGAACUCACUUGCAGAUUUAUCGGCCGCAAUGGGAAGAAAAUUGAAAUACACGCCAACAUCACAGAGACGUACCCCUCAACGCCACCAGUCUGGUUCUCCGAUACCGAGGACCCAAGCAUUACGAACAUUGUUGAGCUUCUUACAAACACCGCAGGCCGAGACAACCACCUUCUUCAACAGGUGAAGAUCUUAGUCACUGAACUGUGCAAAGUCCACAGCUUGCCUGAACCAGCCGAGUUGGAGACAAUAGAUUACUUCCAGCAAUCGGAUGUUGGCAACUUACCAGACCUGCUACAGGCACCUCAACAGCACUCGGAGGAGGAAGAUGAGACGGAUGUUGAUGACGACAUGCAAAUGGAAAUAGACGAUGACACGGGGUCCUCAGAGAAAAGCAAGGAGGAUGACCUGAGUAUGGAGAACCAUGCAACGCUAGAGCGGCUGCGGCAGAACCAACGGCAGGACUACCUGCGCGGUUCAGUCUCAGGCUCGGUGCAGGCCACCGACAGGCUCAUGAAGGAGCUCCGAGAGGUGUACCGGUCGGAAAGCUACCGGCGAGGCGUCUUCUGUGUGGAGCUGGUGAAUGACAGCCUGUAUGAGUGGAAUGUGAUGCUUCGCAUUGUGGACUCUGAUUCGCCACUGCACAGUGACUUGACCUUAUUGAAGGAGAAGGAGGGCAAGGACCACAUCUUGCUCAACAUUCUUUUCAAAGAGAACUACCCCUUUGAGCCACCCUUCAUCCGUGUUGUCAACCCCAUGAUCUCGGGUGGAUACGUGCUAGGCGGUGGUGCCAUCUGUAUGGAGCUGCUGACGCGGCAAGGCUGGAGCAGUGCCUAUACAGUCGAGGCAAUCAUCCUUCAGAUAGCUGCCACACUGGUCAAGGGCAAAGCCCGCAUCCAGUUCAGUGGCAACAAGGCACAGUACAGCCUGUCACGGGCCCAGGCAUCCUUUAAGUCACUGGUUCAGAUCCACGAGAAAAAUGGCUGGUUCACUCCUCCGAAGGAAGACGGAUGAGUGCAUUGGAGCUGCCGGAUGUACAUAAAGAAGUAAUGGCGUCUCCGUGGUCGCUGUUCCUUUCUUUUCCCCCCCUUGUCAGUCUCAUUAUUUGGAUGUGUAAAGAGGGUGAACAGAAGAGCCUGUCCACAACUGCUGGGUCGUUAAGAUAGUGCCCGCUUCGUACAGUCGUGACAGAAGCACACGUUGCGACCAAGACUGCCGCAAGCCCUCCUUUUGUUUUAAAUUGUUUUGUGUAGAGUUGAUGAAAGUUCCUGUUUGUUGCACACACACAUACACGAGAGAGACACACACACACAGUUGCAUCACUCCCCUUCCUGUGCCCAUCCCAGGGACUGCUUUGUCACACGCCCCACACCACACAAUGGACUUCUUCCCCUGCCGAAUGUAAUGUUCUUUAUUCAUUGGUUUUCCUCUGCAGUUUUUUUUUUUAGUGUGAUAAUAAAAUGAAAAAGAGAAGGGAGAACCAAACUCCGGCAUUGUUGUGUGGAAUUUCUUAUAUAGCAGACUUCCGCAAAUUCGACUCUGGCUUUUAGAUUUUUUUGUUAAUUUGAUCUAGACCGAAGGUCUUGGCCGGUGCCCAUGCAAUUCUAUGGGCCCAUACUUUCAUUAUUUUGAUCCUGAAAUUAGCCCUUCCCAGAUAAUUCAAACUUGACCAGCUGGGAUGCUCGCACCUGACCCCUGUGGCGACCCGAAUAGCGAGCCCUUCAGUGGCAGCGUCUGUCAUGGCGGAGCUUGAGGACAGUGAAUAUGUUAAACAUGGGCCAUCUCCAGUCGAAAACACCGGUUUUUGACCUGCGCUAGAAACAUUUUCAAGUAAUUGCCGCAGCCCACAAUAUCUGAUUAGGACAUUUAGCCGAUUCUAAUGCGUGCCUUUCUUUUUCGGAAAAAUUGGGCCGAAAAUUGCCUGUGCGGUGCACUCAGACACGAAACCAAAACCGCCUUUGCAGCGUUCAUGUGCUUUAUAGCAUUGCACAGAUGUAUCGCGUCGAAGUGGACUUCAAAAACUAAAAACUGUGCGGCGAAGCUAACUUGAAACCGGCAGCCAUUGUGUAACGCAUGUCAGACCCUUGCCCAUUUUUCUUGCAAAAAAGAAAUAUCAGGUGCACAUUAGAUAUGUACUUAGUUUAGAAGGUUUAAUGCCAUUUCUAGAUUAAUUUUCUAUUUUGGGCACACACAAAGUUGGCGUGCACUUGCUUUGGAGGAGUGUUAGAAUUGCGCAAGUACUGCCAAAUAAAUCUGGUGUGUUUUGGCCUUU